AUGGUCGAUUGGACAUCCAUACUGCCUCCCAGCGUGGUGGCAGAUACCGUAACACCAAAAGACCCAGAAUUGGCACCAGCUACAAACACAACUGUACCGACAACAUCGGGACUAAACAAUGGUGCUCCGUAUCUACCAAGCACAGCGCAGCUGGGCGGCGUGCCGACACCACCUAUUGAUAAUCCAAUUAGUGCUGUGCUGACGUUUCUCUUCUUGGUCGCAGCCGCCGCACACAUGGUGGUAUUUCAGAUAUUCAAGCGACGGAACCAUCUCUUCGUCUUCAGCGCCAUGAUGUUUGCCUUUAGCUUGAUACGUGCCCUAGCGCUGGUUCUACGCAUGGCAUGGGCCAGCCAUGAAACAAACGUGCGACUCGCCAUCGCGGCCGGCAUACUCGCGCAGGCGGGAACCAUUCUGGUCUUCAUCAUCAACCUGUUCUUUGCCCAGCGGGUACUGAGAGGGUACCACCCGAAUUUUGGCUGGAGCAAGCCGGCGGGUAUCCUCUUCAACUUCCUAUUCGCCAGCGUGGUCAUCUCGCUGAUGAUGAUCAUCGUGACCACGGUGCAAUCGUUUUUCACGCUCGACGAGGCCACGAGGGAGAGGGAUCAUGCGGUGCAACUGUUCGGUGGCACGUACCUGGCGGUCCUCGCCUUUCUGCCGAUCCCGAUCGUGGUCGUCUCGGCCAUCGCGCCGCGCAAGUACGUGGUCGAGAAGUUCGGCACCGGGCGCUGGCGAACCAAGCUGUUCCUGCUGCUGUUCACGUCCGCCAUCAUGUCGCUCGGCGCUGGUUUCCGCGCCGGUGCCAACUUUGCGCCCCGGCCCAUUGACGACCCCGCUUGGUACCAUGGCCGUGGCCCCUACUACGCCUUCAACUAUGGCCUGGACCUCAUCACCACAUACCUGUACUUGGGCGUCGAGUUCCACAAGCGCUUCUUCGUGCCCAACGGCGCCAAAGGUCCCGGGUCUUACAUGUCAGCGACUAGCCUCCCGACGGAGAAGGCGCGCCCGGCGCCCGCAGAUUCGACGAAGCCAGCCAUGAUGCAGUCCGCAGACGACGGCUACGGCCCGUCCGUCGAGACCCUGGCCUCGCAGCACUACAGCGAGUCGGCGCCGUCGCCCACCGUCUACAGCAGCAAGAUGCCGAUCACGUACGUGGGGUACAACGAUUCGUCCUCGUCCCUGAAGCCCGGCCAGAAGAAGUCGCAGCAGCAGCAGGGUAGGCGGCUCUCCAAGGCGCACUCGCGAGCCCAGCAGCGGUCCAACACCUCGCUCUACUCCCAGGACACCUUCGUGGGGUCCGUGGACCCGGGCCUCAUGGACACGCCCCCGCUGACCAGGACCAUCUCGGGCGCCACGGAGCACAUCGCCGACGAGCCGCCCAACCUGCCCCCGGUGCCCAUCCUGCCCGCCGCGUUCGAGGACAUGUACGGCGGUAGCAGCAGCAGCAGCCGCGAGGGCAGCGGGAGCUACAUACUGGAGAAUGAUUCCUCCAGGCGCACGUCCGGCAACUCCUUUGCCGGCGCGCGGACUGCUGCGGCCGGCGGCAACAGAGGCAGCGGGAGCACGAGCACGGACAAGAGGUCUAGCGACGUGCUGAGCGACAUGCUGCAGAAGAUGGACAGCGUGCGGCACAGCGCCGGGAGCCACGGCAAGGCGGCGUCGGUGGAGAGGACGAGCGAGGGGCUCCGGAUGUGGUCGCCGACGUGGGUGGACUCGGCUGACAUGUCCGGGGCCAUGGAUGCUGGGCUUCUACAGCAGCAGCAGCAGCAGCAGCAGCAGCGGGGGCGGCCGCACAAUCCUGCUGCCGAGGAACCACCACAUAUACAGCAGCGCCGGCGAUCGCAGCAUCAGUCCUUUGAACUCGAAGUUGAGAGGUCGCGGCCGCCGCACAUGCAGACGCAAUACCAGCCACAACGACAGCAGCAGCCGCAGCAGGAGCAAGCUUUCGACCGACAGCCGCAGCGGCGACGGCCUCAGUCUACAGAUGGGAGCGACCAGGUGGGCACGAGCGAGGACUCGAGCUCGUAUCACACGGGCGAAUCGAAUGGAUCGACGAGUGACGGUACUAAGUCGAGGCCGCAGACGAGGCAAUCGUAA